CGUUGGGGCAGCUCCUGUGACAGACGGAGCUGGAGCGGCGGGGCGGCGGCGGAGUCCGGCGGCCGAGAUAGCGAGUGAGCGAGCGAACGAGCAGCGACCCGAGGGUCUAGGGAGCGAGAAAGAGAAGGAAAGGAGCGCUCGGGCGCGAGCGAGAGAAACCGCGAGCGCCGGGCUUGGGCUCGAGCCCCGGAACGGCUGAGGAGCCCGCCCGCUCCCCUCCCCCUCCCCUCCCGGGGACCGGGCCCAGCGCGCCAUCCUCCCCCUCCCUCCUUCCCUCCCUCCCUCCUUCCUCCCUUCCCUCUCCCUUCCCCCCUCCCCCGCCGGUGGAUGGGAGUGAAGGACGGAAGAGGCCCUGCGGAGGCGGCGGUGCAGCGCUCCGACCGGUUGGAGAGAAGCUUGAUGAUGGCAUAGAGGUCAAGCUUGUUUCUUCUUAGGGUACUUCCUGAGGAUGUUUGGGCUGCCUCCAGAGCCACACUGUCUUGGGCUGCUGGAAGGAUUUCUGAACCUCCUUAAAUGAAUGGAAUAUUUUGAUUAUCUUCAUACGUAUGUGCUUCUUUGAGAGGAGGGAUCUUAGCUUUCAUCACACUCUCAAAGGAACCCAAUGACAUCAAAACAGGUUAGCAAUUUCUCUACCAGGUGGAAUGAACCUUACUUGUUGAAUAUCUCCUGAUUACUGGUUGGAUUCACUUGUAAAAGAAUCAUUUUCCCCUGUGUGGAAGCCACUUGGUGGCAUAUUUAAUUACAAAUCCAGGGAUCACAAAGCUUUUUGAUUUCCCAAAGGAGGGACAUCACGCUAUAUCAGAUAAGCUUGACAUCACAGCCAGGAUGGUGCUGUCCCAGAGACAACGAGAUGAACUAAAUCGAGCUAUAGCAGAUUAUCUUCGUUCAAAUGGCUAUGAAGAGGCAUAUUCCGUUUUUAAAAAAGAAGCUGAACUAGAUAUGAAUGAAGAAUUAGAUAAGAAGUAUGCUGGUCUUUUGGAAAAAAAAUGGACAUCUGUUAUUAGAUUACAAAAGAAGGUUAUGGAAUUAGAAUCAAAGCUAAAUGAAGCAAAAGAAGAAUUUACGUCGGGUGGACCUCUUGGUCAGAAACGAGACCCAAAAGAAUGGAUUCCCCGUCCACCAGAAAAAUACGCGUUGAGUGGUCACAGGAGUCCAGUCACUCGAGUCAUUUUCCAUCCUGUGUUCAGUGUUAUGGUCUCUGCGUCAGAGGAUGCUACAAUUAAGGUGUGGGAUUAUGAGACUGGAGAUUUUGAACGAACUCUUAAGGGGCAUACAGACUCUGUACAGGACAUUUCUUUUGACCAUAGUGGCAAGCUCCUGGCUUCCUGUUCUGCAGAUAUGACCAUUAAACUAUGGGAUUUUCAGGGUUUUGAAUGCAUCAGAACCAUGCACGGCCACGACCACAAUGUCUCUUCAGUAGCCAUCAUGCCCAAUGGAGAUCAUAUAGUGUCUGCUUCAAGAGAUAAAACUAUAAAAAUGUGGGAAGUACAAACUGGCUACUGUGUGAAGACAUUCACAGGACACAGAGAAUGGGUACGUAUGGUGCGGCCAAAUCAGGAUGGCACUCUGAUAGCCAGCUGUUCCAAUGACCAGACUGUGCGUGUAUGGGUCGUAGCAACAAAGGAAUGCAAGGCCGAGCUCCGAGAACAUGAGCAUGUGGUAGAAUGCAUUUCCUGGGCUCCGGAAAGCUCAUACUCUUCCAUCUCUGAAGCAACAGGAUCUGAGACUAAAAAAAGUGGCAAGCCUGGGCCAUUCUUGCUAUCUGGAUCCAGAGACAAGACUAUUAAGAUGUGGGACAUCAGUACUGGCAUGUGCCUUAUGACCCUUGUGGGCCAUGAUAACUGGGUACGUGGAGUUCUGUUCCAUUCUGGGGGGAAGUUUAUUUUGAGUUGUGCUGAUGAUAAGACCCUACGUGUAUGGGAUUACAAGAACAAGCGAUGCAUGAAGACCCUCAAUGCGCACGAACACUUUGUUACCUCCUUGGAUUUCCACAAGACGGCACCCUAUGUGGUUACUGGCAGUGUAGAUCAAACAGUAAAGGUCUGGGAGUGCCGUUGAUUGAGUCUCAUGGCCCCCUCCCUUGUCCUCUGGAUGCACUCUGAUGAUACCAUGGUUACCCCAUUGAGCUCUGUUUAAAUAAAUAUUGUCCUUUCAUGUAAAUUAUUCUGGAUGUAGAUUGAGCUUAUUAAAUGUUACACACAAAGUAUUCAUGCAUGGUGAAUCCAAAUUGUAUACUGUAAAUUUACAUAUGUUGUCUAGAAGUACCAUAGGGUUUAAAAACCUGGGCUGGCAUUGGUCACACCAGGCCUAAGGAGGCAGAAGUUGAAUAAAUUGAACUAGGGCACUAUAACUGAAUAGUUGACAGUGUCAUUUUAUGUUGGAUUAUUAAUUCUUGUUUUUCUUUCUGCUAUCUGUUGGUGCCUGAUUUGAUGGCCUCAUUUGGGGAAAAGUGGUGGUUAUUAAGGCUUUUUCUGAAAUGUGUAUCUAUGUAACAUCACUUAAGUGUGCUUAAUAAAUCUUUAAGGAUGUUAGAUAAUAAGGCUACAAUUCAAAAUCUUUUGAACCAUCUAUGUAAUGAAUGAGGAUUACAUAUUGGAAUUUUUGUCAUGACACAUUUGCCAAAUCAAUAGGAUACAUUUGUUUUGGCAGCCUAUCAAGCAAAGGCUUGUGGUAUAUUUAUGUAAGAAAAUGAUUGUAAAUCUUGAGAAAAAUCUCAGCAGCUAAUGGCAAAUCAUUUAUUUCAUUUUGGUCUUAAUGCUUUGUAAACAGGUUUUAAAACACUGUCAUACUCCUGAACUAUUUUCCAUACUAGACAUACUUCUAGUUGUAAUCUCCAUACUAUUAGACUGUAUAGUGAUGUGAUUUCCAAGUAGAAUUUAAUCUUCCCAUUGAGUGUCAUGGUACAAAUCACUAUUUGUUUUUGAUGUUUUUAGGGAUGUGCAAUGUGCAUUACAUGAUGACAGAAAUAUGGAAAAGGUUAUGUUUGUCCCUUUUAGAAGUGGGAGAAAGACAGCAGUUUGCUUUCAACAUGAAUCUGCUAUCAACUUGAACUAUGUUUCACUUAAAAGUUAGAAAUAUGACAGGGUUUGAUGGAACGUGCAUAAAAAUGUACUGUGUUUCACUUUUUGUUUAUAUGUAAAUGUUUAUUAAGUAUAUAGGCAUAUCUGUAAGAGGAUAAGUCUAUAUAUGUGUAUCACACACAUUCAAACUUCCAUGUCCUUAGGUCAUGGGUUUUUGAAGAAGUGCUGAAAUGUAAAAGUAGAAUAAGUCUUGCUGUGGAACACCAUGCUUUAGGACAAACCCCUUUUGACCUUAAUGCUUCUGAAAACUAGGUCUGGCUCUGUGGGGAUUCUCCCAGCUAGAGGAGAGUCACUUCCGUUACUUCCCCUCUGAUGUGGCCAUUCAGCAUUUUACACAUCCCUGAUACACUGUAUAUUUUAAUCCAAAGUUAAUACAAGUAGGUUUAAAAGAAUUUUUAUCCAAAACUUUUGGAGCACUAUUCCAUUGUCAAAUAUUAAUAAAGAAUUCCACUGCUUAGCUAAUAACCAGCAAGUUUUUUUUUUUAAAGAAAGUCAUUUGAGAAGUUAACAGAACAAUGAAAUAAUGACAGUUUAACAAAGAUAUAUUCUGAAUUACAUUUUAUUCUAUUCAUUUGUGUAAUAGUGGGUUUUAAAAUGUCCCUUUUAGUUAUUGAAUGGAAAUGUGGUUCCUUAAAAGACCAAGGAUGAGGGUUGGCACCCUGUAGAUACGCACACAGAGAACAGGCCAUGCGUUAAUUAGAAGCAGCUUUCUGUCUAGCUUGUCUCUUUUUUGUUUGUUUGUUCUUAAUUCCUGAGAGAUGUCUCUGGAAAGGAAAGUGUUUUGAGAACUAAUGGCUAUUUUUGAGGACAAAAAUUACAUCUUAAUUCCUUAAGUACGGUAGUUUAACCUUCUGGACACUAUGGCCUCACAACCCUGCUUACGUUGAGAUGUCUUUCCUCCCUCCCUUUGCUGUUCUGACUGGAUUUUUCUACAAAAACUAUGGAAAAUAUCUUUGUUCUCGUUUGCUGCUAUUUCCUGUCCUUUCUGGAGAAAUAUAAAUACAUAGAAAAUGGUGCAUCUUAACAUUUGGUUUUACAUUAAUGAAUGUCUUGUAUUUUAAUUCGUUUUUAGCAUGUAGCAACAUGAAUUGUUUAAGGGUAAGCCACAACAUCUAGAAAUCACUCAGAUCUGAACCAUAAAGGAAAGAGGAUACUGGUGUAGACACAAAGCUGCUGUGCUGGCUCGCUUUCCCUGCAGCAGCAGUGACUGACUGACGGAGGAGGAGAACCAGGCACUCUGGAAACCACGUUCUCCUUCCCCGGGAGAGCGCCACAGCCUGCCGCAUAGUUCUUACCAGACAUCCUCCAUUCCAGAAGCAGCGAACGUUGAAUCUCAGGGAUGGUCCACGGCCGGAUCCACACGUAACGACCCUGUUGGAAUAAUAAAAGGGGGUGGGGGAGAGAGAGCGGUCCAUCCACGAUCUGGAAUCCGAUUGGCAAAGGUUUCCUGCACUGUUGUCUGACACUGCCCUGUUGAUGCCCUUCCUUACUCCGUGUGCUCUGUGCUCUGUCUGCUGUCUGGCCCUGUGCCUUGCCUGGGAUAAGGACAAUGAUGUGACUGGUCUGGAUUGUAAGUAGAGGACUUUAUUAAUCCGUUUAGAGGUUCACUGCUGCUCUGUCGCUUUUUCAAUCAAAUUGGCCACUUACCUAAGAAAUAAAAAGCUGGUAGAAUUGCGUUCUCAGAUAAUUCCUGACUGUGUAUGUGUGUGUGAAAACAGACAUUCCAGUGCCAGCCUGAUAGGGCGUGCCCAGAGUGCAGGCCGCGGAGGCUGUGGUGGACCCAUCGCUUGCUCCUUGACCUGGCAUCUGGCACUCUGGGAGCCCGAGCCUGUCCUGUUCCGUCUGUGCGUGGUGUGACCAAUGGCGUGCCCAGAGCACUGCUCAGCUCUCUAGUGUUACCACUUGCCCCGGGCCUUGCGGCACUCACUGUAGCUUUCAGAAGCUUUGGCUCUAGAGUCACCAAGCCGUUUCCUGUCGGUGCCCUGCUCUUCCGUUUGCCUCUUUCUGUUUCCAUGUGAACUUCCAGGUAAUACCACUCAUUGAGUAGUUCUCCUCUAAGUUAACAGAAAAAUACCUUAAAAAUAAAGGAUAUUUUGUUUGUUGACAGUGGUGGUUUGAUAAUCCUUAAGCAACUGAGUUUAAAUUGUUAUAGGAAAAGGCACUUACAAUGGUUACUCUUUCUGUCCAGCUGUAUAUAAGUCCAUUGUGUUAAUCUAGAUGAUGCAAAGACGACUCUCUGGCAGAGAAGCGACAUGUACAAAAUGGCAAAGGUUUUGAUUUCUUUCCCAGCUGGUUGGGGGGAGGGCUACAACUCACAACUGGACUAAACUGGCCUUUUUUAUCUUUCCACUCUAUCAUGUAAGUAGCUGCUUUCUCGUCCUGCCUACCCUUCAGGCAUCCCAAAACCGCACUCUGAAGAAGUUAGAAAUAAACAAAAAAUCUUCAAGUUAGAAGUUGAUCCUGACACUGACAUGAAAGCAAGCAUUGAUUUCAUAAUGAACAUUGCAGAGCUGGUAAUUGGAGAAAGCAGUUCCCCAGAUUGUGAGAGUUAACUGAAGAUAUUGACACAACUUAAAAAAUCAGUAAAGGAAUGUAUAUAAUAUUACUCUUGUGUUUUACAGUAAGAUUUGUUGCUCAGACUGUGUAAAACAAAAUUUAUUCAUGUUUUCUGCAUAUUAAAAAAUCUUAUUGUACCAAUUGGUAAACUAUUAAAUGCCUAUAAAACUA